AUCGACGAGUCCCACACCAAAUCCCCAAGCUUCAAUCAAAUCUUAGUGAGAGAGAGAGUGGAAGAAGAAGAAGAAGAGAAGAGGAGAUAAUGGUAGGUAACAGAGCGGAGGCGGACCGUUGGCUCGUGACCUCAGAGAAGCUCCUCGCAUCCAGCGACCUCCACGGAGCCAAAUCCUUCGCGAUCCGCGCGUGCGAAUCCGACCCGACCCGAGCCGAGGCCGCCGACUACAUCCUCGCGAUCUGCGACAUCCUCAUCGCCGGAUCCCUCCGCCUAACCGACUCCAACCUCCCCGACUGGUACUCCGUCCUCCGGCUCGGCCGUCCGACUCAGAGCCCCGAGCACGUCGCGACUCAGUACCGCAGGCUCGCUCUCCUCCUCAACCCCUCCGUCAACCGCCUCCCCUUCGCCGAUAAGGCCUUCGAUCUCGUCUCCGACGCCUGGCGCGUCCUCUCCGAUCCGAUCCGGAAGUCCUCCUACGACCGCGAGGUGCUGCAGCAGCGACCGAGUCAACGACUCGGUGAGGCGAGCGAUCCGACGGAGACGAGUUUCUGGACGGCGUGUCCUUACUGCUUCGUGCUCUUCGAGUAUCCUAAGCACUACGAGGAGUGUGUGUUGAAGUGUCAGGAUUGCAAAAGAGCGUUUCAAGCAGUGAGGAUUCAGAAGCCUCCUCUUGCUGCUGCUGCUGUUGAAGGAGGAGGAGGAGAAGAUGUUUACUUCUGCUCGUGGAGUGUGUUUCCGUUAGGAUUCUCCGGAGGGGAGUUUCAAGCUGCUCCGACGAGGAAUAGCUGGUCACCUAUCUCACCUCUCUUUGCAAUUCCUAUUGAUAAGAAGAGGAAAGAACCGGCUUCUCCGAGAAUCUUUUACGAUGAUGAUGACGUGUACGUUGCGAUCUCCGAGGAUGAUGGUGAUGAGGUGAGUGUUGGGAGAGGGAAAGGGAAAGAAGCGUUUGUGAGGAGUGGUAGUAACAAGAAACAAGGAGGAGGAGGUGUUGUUGUUGGUUCCUCAUGUGAUACUAGUAGUAGUAGAAAAGGAGGAGCUAAGAACGUAGGGAGGUUGGAUUUGAAUGAAGAGCCUGGUGUGGGAGGAGGGAGAAGGGAAGGCAAUGGGGUUGGAAGUAACAGGGAGGUGGAUAAUAUGAUUGAAGGGAUUGGCUUCUUUGAGGGUCUUGAUGAGUUUUUGAUGAGUAUGCCCAUACUUUCUGUUGUUGGUGAUGAUAAGAUCAAGGCUACUUAGUGAAAAGUUUAGACUCUUUUUUUCUUCUCUUGUUUUAAGUUUACGGUGUUGUGUUCGUUGUAGGCCUUAGUUUUCUUUGUCUCAUGUUGGAAUCUGUUGAUGUAUAUGGCACAAAAUUUCAAUCUUUUUGCAUUA